AUGUGGAAGCUACCGAUAAACUUCCUCUCCCUGCAUUACGCGUGGAUUAUCACCCUCAGCACUCUGAGCCUGGUUAUCAUCUACCCCUAUGGCAACCUCAAGGCUAUCGAUGCUUAUUUCUUCGGCGCCAGCGCGUCAACGGAGUCAGGUCUGAAUACGGUCGACGUCAAAGAAUUGAAGACCUACCAACAAGUUUACAUCUAUCUAAUUCCGGUUCUGGGAAACCUGGGCUUCAUUAACAUCAUUGUCGUCAUUUUUCGGGUCAGAUGGUUUGAAAAGCAUCUCAAAGCGAUAGCACCGCACCUGUUGAAGCCGGAGACCAUUCCAGGCCAGGAUUCAGAGGCACAGCUCAAACACAAAGCGGAUCUUAACACAUCCGUUGAUGUGGCUCCAACCGAUGUAUCUGCAAACCAGGCGAUGGAUAAUGUGGCCGAGACCAACGAUCCUGUUGGGACUGGAAAGCUGUCAUCGAGAGCUUCUCAGGAAUCGAGACAUUCGACAGCUGAUGAUGCCCUGGACCCAAAACUGACUACGGUAAAGCAAUCUAUUCGAUUCGCGGAGCCUGAUCGGCCUGUUUCCGGCAAUGAUAAUGCUCUGUAUAUCCCGCCACCUUGGAGACGGGAUAAAGAACAACCCGAGAAGAAUCUACGUCAUCGACAAUCUACCCUAAGCUUGCGUUCACGUACUCGCACACUCGAACGGGUGGUCACCUCUGUGUUCGUUCUAGGAAACUCUCCUGGCUAUGAAGGAAAGGGCCACACAGGGCCACAGAAUAAUAUGAAGCAGCUUGAUCUACCAAAAGUCUCGUCCCAAGCUACGGUCGGCCGGAACUCUCAGUUCCACAACCUCUCCACUGAAGACAGGGAAAGGCUCGGGGGCAUUGAAUAUCGGAGUUUGAAGCUUCUGCUGAAGAUUGUCACGGGAUACUUCUUCGGCCUGCAUCUUUUCGGUGCGAUCUGUCUUGUAGGAUGGAUUCUGCAUGCCGAUCCGAAAUAUCGUGACUAUCUUGCUGAAUGUGGCCAGGGCAGCGUUUGGUGGGGUUUCUACUCUUCUCAAACCAUGAUCGACAACCUUGGUUUUACCUUGACACCGGAUUCGAUGAUCUCCUUCCAGGAUGCGACGUUUCCAAUGCUCCUUAUGAGUUUCCUUGCAUUUGCUGGCAACACCUGCUACCCAUGCUUGCUCCGACUGAUCAUCUGGGUCAUGUACAAGGUUUGCCCGGAGAAGUCAUCGCUCAAAGAUCCACUUAGCUUUUUGCUGGCUCACCCUCGACGAUGCUACACCCUACUAUUCCCGAGCAAGCCAACGUGGAUACUCUUCGGAAUCCUACUCGUCAUGAACUCGGUUGAUGUCCUUCUCAUCAUCGUGCUGGACCUUAAUAACCCGGCUGUGAACAAUCUGGCACCCGGCCCGCGCGUCCUCGCUGCUAUUUUCCAAGCCGCAUCAGCACGCCAUACAGGAACAUCGACUUUUAACUUGGCUGAUGUCAGCCCGGCUGUGCAGUUCAGCUUGGUCGUCAUGAUGUAUAUUGCGAUUUUUCCAAUCGCAAUUAGUAUCAGAGCUUCCAAUGUCUAUGAAGAAAAGACGCUGGGAAUUUACGGCUCUGAGAGGAGCAUGAACGAAAGUGAUGGUCGGUCGUACAUCAUCAACCACAUCCAGAACCAAUUGAGCUUCGAUUUGUGGUACAUCUUCCUCGGAAGUUUUUGCAUCUGCAUUGCUGAGGCCGGCAAAAUUGCGGAUACAUCGAUUCCGGCUUUUUCCGUGUUCUCCGUAUUUUUCGAGGUCGUUUCAGCAUAUGGCAACGUGGGACUCAGUCUUGGCUACCCGACCGUAUCAACAUCUCUUUCCGGGAAGUUCACAGUUUUCAGCAAGCUUGUUAUCUGUGUGAUGAUGAUCAGAGGUCGUCAUCGUGGAUUGCCUUACAAGCUUGAUCGUGCUAUUUUUCUCCCAGGCGAGCUUUCAGAAGAUGAGAGGAAUAGGGGUGAGGUUCAAGCAUCGUUGAGCGAUCAUUGA